UUCGGUGCGGCGUUGAUGUUGCUGGUCUUGCUGUGUGUCUCUUUGUGUAUUUUCGCCAGAUAAAUGAACAUUUACGGAUGAAAAAAUAUGAACUACUUGCACAGGAUAUUUGACUUCUAUUAUCUCAGUUUUCUGUGUCCUUCGGACUUUAGCGGUUUUAUUUUGUUGUUAAUGUUAGUUAGGCUAAUAUAAGCUAGCAAACAAGCUACAGUGACUUCUCCAUUAAGAAGACUGCCCUUAACAAUGUGCCCUGAUGGCUUCAGCUUCUGUAAUUGAAAAAGCACCAUGGCGUGAAGGUGACCGUUGUCUGGCUCCAAACACUAGAGACGGCACCUUGAGAGAAGCCACUAUCCAAAGACUGGUCUCCACCCUUCCUAAUAUAGAAACUACAGCAUGGGUGAUGUUUACUGGCCAUAAUAAAGAUGCAGGAGAGAAAGAAGAGGAGGUGGAAGCCAUUCCUCUUUCAGAACUCAUGAGACCAGGUUUGAAUGACUUCAACAAGGAAAAACCUGUGUUUCCGAGCUUUGCCACAGACACCAUGCACGUCCCUUUAGUGCUUAGUGAUGUAGAUGGAGACAGAGUCCCUUACACCAUCAACAGAUACCUGCGGGAUUACCAGAGAGGAGGUAUAAAGUUCAUUUAUAACAACUACGUGCGUUCCAGAGGUUGUAUCCUGGGGGAUGACAUGGGCCUGGGAAAAACUGUACAGGUCAUUGGUUUCCUCGCUGCUGUGUUGCACAAAACAGGCACAUGGGAGGACAUCAAGAACAACAGGCCUCAGUUUCUGCAGAGUCAGAUGCCUUCAGAACAAAGUAAACCCAAGAAAGUGUUCCUCAUUGUGGCCCCGCUGUCAGUGCUUUAUAAUUGGAAAGAUGAACUGGACACAUGGGGUUACUUCCAGUCUGUGGUGGUGCACGGGCUGAGAAAAGAGGAGGAACUGGCUCGCAUUAAGAAGGGACACAUUGAGAUUGCUCUCACUACCUUCGAAACUCUGCGCCUUUGUCUGGAUCAGUUUAAUAACAUAGACUGGUCUGCUGUGGUCGUGGAUGAAGCCCACAAGAUAAAAAAUCCAAACUCUCAGGUCACUCAGGCCAUGAAGGAGCUGAGGUGUAAGAUUAGAAUUGGUCUCACUGGCACCAUCUUACAAAAUAACCUUGAGGAGCUGUGGUGUGUCAUGGACUGGGCCAUACCUGGUUGUCUUGGCAGCUUAGGACAUUUCAAGAACAAGUUUUCAGAUCCGAUUGAGCAAGGGCAGAGACACAGUGCAACCAAACGUGCCUUAGCUAUAGGGAGGAAGACUGUCAGAGUCCUGGCAAGUAGGAUUUCUCACUGGUUCCUCAGAAGAACUAAAGCUCUUAUCAAAGAAGAACUGCCUAAGAAGGAUGACAGGGUGGUGUAUUGUUCCCUGUCAGACAUUCAACAGACUGUGUACCAGACGGUGCUGGACACUGAAGAUGUGACGUUAUUGUUGAGGUCUUCAGAGAAAUGUGAUUGUCAAAGUGGACGCACCCGCAGAGCCUGCUGUUACAAAACAAACUCUGAAGGUGUCCAAAUGAAGGCACUAUACUUCAGUUACUUGGCCAUACUGAGGAAGGUUGCCAAUCAUGUAGCACUACUUCAGUCUACUACAGGAACCAGCAAGAAACAGGAAAAAUAUGUAAACGCCAUUUGCCAAAAGGUUUUCCAAAAGUUUCCAGAUUUUGUGCAGAGGUGCAAAGAUGAAGCGUUUGAGGCCCUGUCAGACCCAGUGUACAGUGGGAAAAUGAAGGUUUUGCAGAAGCUGCUCAAAUACUAUCUGCAAAAGAGAGAGAAAGUUCUUCUUUUUUCUCUGUCAACCAAGCUAUUAGAUGUGCUGGAGAGCUACUGCAUGGCCGAGGGGCUGGACUACAGCAGGUUGGACGGAACCACUAAAUCCAGAGAAAGAGUUCAGAUUGUCAAAGAAUUCAACAGUUCCUCUCACAUCAACCUCUGUCUGGUUUCCACCAUGGCAGGUGGUCUUGGUCUUAACUUUGUAGGGGCCAAUGUGGUAGUGCUAUUUGACCCCACCUGGAACCCAGCAAAUGACCUCCAAGCUAUUGACAGGGUGUAUCGUAUUGGCCAGUGCAGGGAUGUGACUGUUCUCAGGCUGAUUUCAUUGGGCUCUGUUGAGGAGGUUAUCUACCUCAGACAAAUUUACAAACAGCAAUUGCAGUGCUCAGUUGUUGGCAAGGAGAGCGCCCGUCGGUACUUUGAGGCAGUGCAGGGGCAUGGUGUCCAUAAGGGGGAGCUGUUUGGGAUUAAAAACCUCUUCAGGCUGCAGACCCAAGGGACAUGUCUCACCCGUCAGAUACUAGAGCGAGAAGGCCAAGUGGAGGCCGGUGUGAUGACAACCAGCACACACACAGGUGAAGAGGAGGAGGGGAAGAAGGGAGUUAGUGAACCGGCAGGUUCUCCCCCUACACACAGCUCUGUACUGAAUGAUGAAACAGGCCAGGAGAAUAGAGGUGCAUCAAAGAUCCCCAGUGGGGUGCUGGACUUCAGCAGUGGUAGUGAAGAGGAUGAGGAGGAGCAGGGGCUCAAGAGGAAGGCCUCAAACCCCAACGCAGUGGGUAGCAACAGAGGUGGGAAUGCUGCCGCUAGUCCUGGUCAAAUAAGUCUCCUCCAGCAUGGUUUCUCCAGACUCCUUGAAAGGGUUAAAGGAAAACCAGAGUUGGAUGGAGACAGUAGUCCGGAAGUAGAAGAAAGCCCCUCUGACACAGACACUGAGGAGAAAAGGGAAGGGACCUCCACUGGCAUCAAAACAGGGAAUGGUGCAGUUUGUCUCUCUAAGCUGCAAACAAAAUCCUUGGACAUUGGUUCAGACAGAGAAGAUGGGUGGAAUGGAGAUAAGCAGAGUGAUGAUGCUGUAAUAAAAAGACAAUGCCUGAAAGGGUGGACAAAUAAGAAAAUUACAGUUGUUGAGGAGAGUGAUAAAAACCCCUCACCAGACAAAAAGCCUGACAACCUCACAACUACAAUUCCCACAAUGCAUCGCUUUGAGAGUUAUUCUGAGGAAUCUGAGGAUUUAGACCUAGAGAUGACUGCAUGGCCUAAGAAGGAUGCAUCAAAUUCACGUGUUAGAAGACAAGACAAAGGGAGAGGAAGGUUUGGUCAUAAAAGGCAUGCUACUGUAAGGAGUACGGCCACGUCGAAAUACACAGAAGAAAUAGAAACAUUCACGUCUUCAGACGAUGAACACAUUCAUGUCCAGAAAGAAAGAUCUACAAGAUGUCACUUCACAGCUCCGCAGAUGGAAAGAUCCAGAGAUGACGUGCCAAAAGAUGGGCAAAAAGCAACAACUGACAGAACAGAGAGACGCACAGGAAUGUCCAAAGCUGUUUCAUUUACAAGUCUGAAAAGUCAAACUUGCCUAGCACCCAAAGGAAAGGAUGGAACCAUUGACAGCAUAUUGGGUGGUGUGCAGGAGGUGCUAUAUACCCACUCUAACCAGCGCGUGGUGGGUGGGAGCAAAGCAGAGGAGCUGAUCAGUAGAGCAGCUGUACGGGAUGUGUUUGAACGCAAGAUGUACUCUCAGUUCCCAGCCAAUCACCUUCUAGGCACCCAGGAGAGCCUGUCAGUGAGCCAACCAGACAUUGAGCCCUCCCCUGCUGUUGUCAGGCUGGAGAUGCCCACUGUGAACCAUCCAGUCAUCUUCACCAGCCAGAGCGUGCACCACACCAGACACACUACCUUCAUCAUUGGAGAGACUCCCCAGACAAUACGCAGGCAGCAGUUCGAGGAAAUGGCAGAACAAUUCAAAUUUUCCUCAGUUUAUCAGUUUGCAGUAGCGAUUCUAAGAAGAAACUCAGCCCAGAGACUGGCCUGGUUACGACAGUAUUACACUUCACUGAACCGCCCUGACCUAGCCAGUACAGUCACAAACAACUUCCCACAACCUGACUCAGCACAGACCUCCUCCUCGCCAGCUGCUGCCUCCUCGGCAUCCACCAAAACAGCUGCAACAGUAUCUCAGGCAGAGACCAGAACCCCACAAAGGGAUGUUUCAAAAACCAUGAAAAAGCCUAAAUACACCCAGGAGAAACAGGAACCACACACUAAACAAAACAAUGCUUCUGUGACACAGAAAAGGUCUAGAAUCCCACAAAACAAUGUUCCAGAAUCCCAGACAAAGCCCAGAAAGCCACAAGAUGAUGAUCCAGAACCCCUGAAAAAACAAAAGUUCCCACAAAGGAAUGUGCUAGUACUUCUGAGUGAUGUUCCAAGCCCUGUGUCAGAGGAUGAGGAGGAGAGUGUCUGCAGUGCCAGAGGACACAAGAGGACAAAGAGGGAUACUGUUUCUAGUUCUGCAGACUACAGAGCUGGUGGUGGUCUUGGCAUGGAUCGAGCAAGCAGCAGCGGUCUGGGGGCUGGGGAGGCCGCUGCUUUCCUGAACCGCACAGACAGAGAUUCCUCUUCUUCUCCGGACCUCAGCCAUGGUAGGUCCACCAUGGUGUCCAAACCCACAGUACAGAGAAAGCAGCAAGAGCAGAAAUUGUCUUCCACAACUUGUCAAAUUUUUCAAGGGCAGAGAGAAAAUUGUCAGAGCCUUUCGUCUGAGCGGGCCCCUUCUAGCUCCAGUAAUUGCUCCUUCCUCACAGAUCUGUUAGGAGACGCCUCAAUCCUUGACGAUUUAUUAAAACCCAAAUCCAGGGGGGCACAACAGAGGAGCACCUCAAAAACACCACCUUCAUCCUCCUCAGUGUCAGUAAGCACACGUCUCCCCACAUCAUCCAGAAUCACUCUCAAUACUGAUUCUGGUUCAGACCCUCUGCCUUCUCCAGCCUCUCACACACAAACUACACACCCAGCGAGUACACCAGUGCAGGCUUCAAAGCACUGUCACAAAGACUUCUGGGAUAUCCUGAAUGAGGGUAAUGAGGAGAGUAUCAACAGGUUAACAGACCCUGCAGAAGUGCAGAGAGUUUGCAUCUCAGCCAGAGAUAGGUCUGGAGAAGAACAGAGCAGGAGUCUCUGGAAGACUAAUGAGAAAUUCCUGUGGAAAAAAUAAAACAGAAGAGACAUUUUAGGUUGUUGUUUUUUUUCUGGUUUAAAGGAGAAAUGUAUAAAAAUCUAAAUAGGGCGAUCUAAAUAGUAAAUGUGUAUUUUGAUGAUCAGGUAAUUGACUGCAUUAUAAAAGGACAGAAAAUGAUAUUUUCCCAGGGACAAAAAUGAUGUCAUUGUGUUGCUGCAAAUUCUUACAUUUGAGAAGCUAUCAAAUCAUUAGUAUUUUUGCUUUGAAAAAAGUAAAAAAUAUUUUAAAUUCCCAGCAAUUAAAGUGGGAUAUCGAACGUG